AUGCAAGCUGUUUUACAUCUCUUGAGGUAUUUGAAAAGGACUUCUGACUUUGGGCUAUUCUUCCGUAAUUCUUCUGACCUUUCUUUAAAAGUAUAUUGUGGUAGUGAUUGGGCUUCUUGUGCUGAUAAUAGAAGAUCUGCAACUGGUUUUUGUGUUUUUCUUGGUGAUUGUUUGGUGAGCAGGAAAUCCAAGAAGCAACUUGUGAUCUCUCUUUCUUCUGCUGAAGCUGAGUACAUGGCCAUGAGUAAAGCUACAAUUGAGCUUUGCACAUUGCCCACAAUCCAGUUUUUUCAUGAGCGGACUAAGCAUAUAGAGCUGGAUUGUCAUUUCGUCAGAGGCAAGAUUGGUGAUGGGCAAAUUAGCUUGGGUCAUGUAUCUAGUGAUGCUAAAGUUGCUGAUAUUCUUACCAAGCCCUUCCUGGACCUGCUCAUCAUUUUCAACCUCCAACUUGAGGGGAGGCUAUUAGAGUAUUAG